AUGGCCCAAGAGAUCAAACAGUGGGUGACGGCUCAAGAUGGUCUGGAGAACCUAAGACUCCAAUCGGCUGCCAUGCCAGUGCCAAAGGAAGGCGAAGUGUUGGUGAAGAUCAAUACCGUCUCCAUCAAUUACCGGGAUACGGAAGUGAUCAUGGGCUUGUACAACCACCACAAAUCUCUUGGCGGAACGGCCGAUGUGGUGCCCUGCUCCGACAUCUGCGGCAGCAUUGUCUCGCCCGGCACGUCUUCGUGGAAGGAAGGACAACGUGUAAUGGCCAUAUUCAACCAAACUCAUCUCAAGGGACAGGUCAAGGAAGCACACAUGUCGUCUGGUCUUGGACUUCCGCUGCCCGGCUGCUUGACAGAGUACCGCGCAUUCCCUGCAGACUCACUGGUCGCCGUUCCCGAUUACAUGUCCGACGAGGAGGCCUGCUGUCUGCCCAUCGCUGGUGUAACAGCCUGGAUGGCCAUCAAUGGGAUGCGUCUAUUGGGACAGCCAGCUAAUKGGAACGAGACUGUCCUCAUUCAAGGUACGGGUGGCGUUGCCAUCUCUGGACUCCAGAUUGCAAAGGCCAGCGGGCUACGGACCAUUGUCACCUCAUCUUCAGACGCCAAGCUUGAGAGGGCGAAAGAGAUCCUGGGCGCCGACUUUGUAAUCAACUAUCGCACAAAGCCAGAAUGGCAGGAAGAAGUCAUGCGUCUUACCGAUAACGAAGGUGCCGAUAUUAUAUUUGAAAACGGUGGAGCGCAGACCUUGCGUAAAAGCUUCGACUGCGUAGCCUUUGGGGGUCUGAUUGACUGCAUUGGCUACCUCUCCGGUAAGGAGGACGCUCCGGGAGACAGACUCAACACCAAUGUGCUGGCCCUAAGGAGAAAUGUUACCUUGAAGGGUAUACUCAACGGGCCUCGCGAACGCUUCGAGGAGAUGACACAAUUUUAUGCCAAGCAUGAGAUUCACCCUGUUGUGGACAGAGUCUUCAAGUUUGAAGAAGCAAAGGAGGCCCUUCAAUACUUGUUCUCGGGAGGACAUUUCGGAAAAGUCGUCGUUAAGGUCGCUUAG